GACACACGACACUUGAAAAGAAAUUUAUUGUGAAAGGUGCUUCAAUUCAAUGUACUUUGAAACAGACUUUGGACAAAACGAUGUUCGAUCAAAAAUUGUUUGCAUUUUUCCUGGUUUGGUUUGUAAUAUGCCAGAUCUUUGUUACAAAUGUGAAUGCUGGUGGUUCACCGAAAAAGAGUGGAAAACCACCGAGACCGCCGAAGACAUUUGGUCAAAUUUUGGCUGAACCAUCCUCAUUUCGCAAACCAAAUCCACCAGAUGUUGAUAAAGACGGAUGGCCUUUGGGAUUGCCAGCUGUAUCACAAAUAGUUCGAAACUCUAAAUCUGGCCCACAAAACGAGUUGGCAGAUGAAUUUGGGACGCCUCGCUCACGUUUAUCUUCACUAUCGGGAUCGGAUGCAUCUUUUCAAUCAGCUUUCUCUACACCUACUAGCAGAAAUGACGAAUUUGAAUCUGGUCGAACGCAUUUGUCGUCAGUACCAAGUUUUGGAUCAACUCAAUCAUACUUUUCUGCACAAGAAGAGUGAUGACUAUAAUGGUCAUGCCUAAAUAAUCCAAUCUCAAAAAUUGUCAUCAUGUAAAAAAAAUUCAAAAUAAAAUAAUAUCAUUUAAUUUACACAAUUAAA